AUGAGUACGCCGCUCUCCUUGUGGUCCGCGCUGAGGCCAUGUCGCGUGGCCCCCAGUACUCGCGCGGGGAAAUCGCUGCUGUCAGUGACGCAAGUUGUAUCCCAGGCUCGUCAAAUCACUGCUCUCACCUUUUCGCAGAAGAAACCCUCUCUGCGAGUAUCUCAAUGGCCUACCGCAUCUAAGCGAACCGCAGCGACUACCACUCCAAGCGAAGACCCUGUGUCCACCACCCCUUACACCGAGUUAACCGUUGGAGUUCCCCGCGAAACACACCAAAAUGAGCGCCGUGUAGCGAUCACCCCACAAAAUGUGGCCUUACUUCUCAAGAAAGGCUUCUCGCGCGUGCUGGUUGAGCGCGGCGCGGGAACAGAAGCACAACUUCUAGAUGAUGCCUACCAAAAAGCCGGUGCCACAGUGGUGGACCGUGAUGCUAUAUGGUCGGAGAGUGAUAUUGUUCUGAAAGUCCGAAACCCACAGGCAGAAGGACCCUUCAAUGAGAUUCAAGCUCUUCGUAAAGGCUCGACUAUUAUCUCUUUUCUGUAUCCCUUUCAAAACAAGCCCAUUGUGGAUGCGCUGGCUGCCCGCGGCGUGACUGCGUUUGCCAUGGACCGUAUUCCGCGUAUCUCUCGUGCGCAAACCUUUGAUGCCCUCAGCUCCAUGGCCAAUAUUGCAGGAUACAAAGCGGUUUUAGAGGCUUCAAAUCACUUCGGCCGCUUCUUGACUGGUCAGGUCACGGCUGCCGGAAAGAUUCCCCCCGGUAAAGUACUGGUGAUUGGUGCAGGUGUAGCUGGUCUGAGUGCAAUCGCCUCGGCCCGCCGCAUGGGUGCUAUUGUUCGAGGCUUCGAUACCCGCCCUGCGGUCAGGGAACAGGUCCAGUCGUUGGGCGCGGAAUUCAUCGAAGUGGACUUUCAGGAAGAUGGCUCUGGACAAGGCGGUUACGCGAAAGAGAUGUCCAAGGAGUUCAUCGAGGCUGAGAUGAAGCUGUUUAUGGAACAAGCUCGCGAGGUCGAUAUUAUCAUCACAACUGCUCUGAUUCCCGGAAAGCCAGCCCCAAAGCUGAUCACCAAGGAAAUGGUCGCUGCUAUGAAGCCUGGCUCUGUCAUCGUAGAUCUCGCAUCAGAGGCAGGUGGAAACUGCGAAGCAACCGUUCCUGGUGAACUGUCAAGCUACAAGGGUGUUACGAUAAUUGGCUAUACGGAUCUUCCGUCUCGCCUACCAACCCAAUCCUCAACGCUGUAUUCCAACAACAUCACAAAGUAUCUGCUCUCCAUGACCCCCAAGGACAAGUCUUUCGGAAUUGAUUUCAAUGAUGAGGUUGUUCGUGGGUCUAUUGUCACUCUUAACGGCGAAAUCAUCCCUCCUGCCGCACCGUCUACUCCUCCCCCCGUGCCUAAGUCUGAUACCCAAGCUAUCGCCACAAAUAAAGAAGCAGCGCUUGCUCUUACGCCAUGGCAAACUGCCACUCGAGAUGUCACUGCCGUUACUGGGGCAAUCGGCGCUACCCUUGCUCUUGGAAAAGCCACAGGUCCCAUUUUCAUGGGCAAUAUGAUGACCUUUGGACUUGCAGGUCUGGUCGGUUACCGUGCAGUGUGGGGAGUAGCUCCGGCUCUUCACUCGCCACUGAUGAGUGUCACCAAUGCGAUCUCAGGAAUGGUUGGUAUUGGUGGCUUGUUCGUCAUGGGCGGUGGCUUUGUGCCGACUACUGUUCCCGAAUACCUUGGUGCAGUAUCUGUGCUUCUUGCCUUUGUGAAUGUGUCUGGUGGCUUUGUCGUGACGAAACGCAUGCUCGACAUGUUCAAACGUCCAACCGAUCCUCCGGAGUACCCGUGGCUGUAUGCCAUCCCAGCAGUCGUCUUUGGCGGUGGCCUGGUGGCUGCUGCCAGUACUGGCAUGUCUGGUGUAGUGCAGGCCGGAUAUCUCGUCAGUACGAUUCUCUGUAUGAGCUCUAUUUCCAGCCUUGCUUCGCAACAGACUGCGCGCCGUGGAAAUAUCUUAGGAAUUCUAGGUGUUGUUUCCGGUAUCCUCGCUUCAUUGGUUGCAGUAGGGUUCUCUACUGAGACACUUACCCAAUUCGCCGCUGUUGCUGGAACUGGUGCCUUGGUCGGUGGAUUGAUUGGCCGUCGUAUCACUCCGACCGGACUUCCUCAGACGGUCGCAGCGCUGCAUUCGGUUGUAGGUCUGGCUGCUGUCUUAACCAGUAUUGGUAGCGUGCUGGUCGACAUUGGCGAGAUCACAACUCUGCAUAUGGUCACUGCCUACAUGGGCGUGCUCAUCGGAGGCGUUACCUUUACCGGCUCAAUCGUUGCUUUCCUCAAACUGGCAGGCAGAAUGUCUUCUAAACCAAUGAUUCUCCCUGGUCGGCAUGUGAUCAACUCUACACUCCUUGGCGGUAACAUCGCCACAAUGGGAGCAUUUUUAACAAUGGCGCCGGCAAACCCUGGGAUCGCAGCGGCUUGCUUAGGCACGAGUACCUUGCUCAGCUUCCUGAAAGGAUAUACCACAACAGCAGCCAUUGGCGGUGCAGAUAUGCCUGUCGUUAUCACCGUGCUUAACGCCUACUCCGGGUUCGCACUCGUCGCAGAGGGUCUCAUGCUCAACAACCCCCUUCUCACAAGCGUAGGCUCGCUCAUCGGAGUCAGCGGUUCGAUCCUAUCGUACAUCAUGUGCGUCGCUAUGAACCGAUCUCUUACAAACGUCCUUUUUGGCGGUCUUGGUAACCAGGUACAAAGCCAAAAGAAGAUCGAGGGCGAAGUCACACAGACAAGUAUCGAUGACACUGUCGAAGCACUUUCCGGUGCUGAGAGCGUCAUCAUCAUCGUCGGCUACGGUAUGGCCGUUGCAAAGGCGCAAUACGCCCUGGCUGAAAUCGUCCGUAUUCUCCGGUCUCGGGGCAUUACUGUCCGCUUUGCUAUUCACCCUGUUGCGGGUCGUAUGCCGGGCCAGUGCAAUGUGCUUCUUGCUGAAGCGUCCGUACCAUAUGAUAUUGUUCUGGAAAUGGAUGAGAUCAAUGAAGAUUUCAAGGAUACUGACGUUACUCUCGUCAUUGGUGCCAAUGACACGGUUAACCCUAUUGCUAUGGAGCCGGACUCUGCUAUCUCUGGGAUGCCAGUCCUGCACGCAUGGAAGAGUAAGGAAGUAAUUGUGAUGAAGCGUGGAAUGGCGAGUGGAUAUGCUGAUGUGCCGAACCCAAUGUUCUUCAUGCCCGGAACGAGAAUGCUCUUCGGAGAUGCCAAGACUUCGUGUGAUGCCAUUAAAGCUGCCCUGGAGGCACGCAAAUAG